AUGACGCCCUCUCCGGGCAACACUCCAAUCGCAUCGAGCGACCAGCAGCAUCAAGCGCCCCCCUUACGCCCCACGGACGAUCCAUCGGCAGCCUCACAAGUCGACGGUGAUCGAGAGGCCAAGAAACUGGAGGAGAUCAAGAACAUAGAUGCGGAGAGGGAUGGCAGCUUCCAAAAGGUUGUAGCGGUCAUCUCGGCGAUGGAGGAAAAACGCAUAUAUAAGGGUGAUUUGAUGUGGAUAAAUCGUGGCCUGGCCAUGCUUACAAAUAUAUACUCCAAAGCGUGCGAGGAUCUCGCACGCGAGCGUGACAGGACCAUAUCUGUCCUGGAAGAAUGCGCGGUCCUGAAGGCCCAACUGGAGUCCUUGGAGAGUCGCAAGACCCACUGGGCAGACCUGGUUGAUACGCCUACAGCGUCCUUCAGACCAGAAAUCGAUCUGACGCUAGAACCGACUUACCCUGGCAACACCCAGCCAGCCAGACCAGUGACACUUCCAGUGCCUACUAGACGCACCCGCACCCUCGAGGGACGAGCAGUUGAAACGGGCCCGAGGAGACCCCCACCACCUCCACAAAGCUCUAUCACAAGGAGGAGAUCCCCAGCAAUAGGCGCUGGUAAAGCCACUGCCGCAGCUGGGGCUUGGCGGGUGGUCCAAGGCAGGAAACAACAAGGGGCUGCAAAAGCCAAGGCCAAGGCACAACCUCGCCAGGCCGCACCGACUGCGAAGGUGGAGAAGCUGUGCAUGGUCAUCAAUAAGACUGACCUCAUCGGGGGCCAGCCACCGAGCCGCUGGCCGACACCCAGCGACGAGACCUUCAACUUUAUCCAGAAGGCCUUCGAGAAAGAGGCUACAAAGGGCACUGGGCCACGAUGGAAGAUAAAGGGCACGUGGAAAAUACGCACUGGUGUCGCUAUCGAGGUCGACGAUCUUUGGACCCAACAGCAGAUACUCAGGGCAGCGGAGGCAUCGAAAACGAUAACAGCGGCUCCACUACCAAGCAAACAGACUGACCUGAGGCUCCGAGAUGUUCCAUCACACUACUCCGAGAGCCAGAUUCUUACUGAACUCAAGGAGAGCAACGGGAUGGGCGACAACUGGCAAGUGCUCAAGCUGACGAGAGUGAACACCACCUCUCAGACCAGACAUGUGAUCGUACGCGGAGACGAAGAGGACGUGAACAAGCUGCUAGGGGGCAAGAAAGAGGCGCAGCUAUUUCUGGGUCUCGGGAGGAUAAAGGUGUAUCGCCACAACUUCGUGCGCGUUUGCUACACCUGCGGCCACCGUCACCCACCUACAGACUCAUGCAACGAGCAUCCCCCCCGAUGCGUAUGGUGUGGAUCAUCAGACCACCAGAUGAAGGAAUGCUCGAAGUCAAAGGACGACACUAGUCGCCAAUGCUGCUACUGUGGAGCUCAUGGGCACGGAGCAAUAGAGUUCUCACGCUGUGAUCAGCUCCGACGGCAGGGGGUCCGGGCUCAAUGA